AUGCCUCAAAAUAGACCAAGAUCCCAUAUAUUGUCCUGGGCCGACGAUUGUGCAACCGCGGAGUACAUUGACAAACACCUAGGGUUCGAAACGCACAAGACUCGUGCUGAACAAUUUGAAUUAAAAACCAAACGUGAGAAAGAUAUAUUUAACGAUCAGAGGAUCAUGUACGAACACUCAAUUAAUGAUCAUAGAUAUAAGUACGCCAAGAACAAUAAUUAUAAAAAUAAAAAAAAUGACGUCAAAAUAGUGGCGACGACAAAUCUAGACAUUGGUCAACAAAUUAAAACCUUAUGCGGUAGGACCGCAGUAAUCAGACCUGAAGACAUUCACGAAGGUAUUAAUGACUUUUCGAUAAUGCGGUCAUCAAAAAACGGAAGGGAUAUGAUAUUUCUAGGGCCUGCGGCGUACAUAAACCAUGAUUGCUCACCAAAUACAAACUGGGCCCAUUUGGGAGAAUCAUUGUGGUGUGCAAAAACAACAAAAUUAAUAACUACAGGACAAGAAAUAACUGCAGAUUAUGGGAACAAUUUCUUUGGUGAUGGCAAUGAAUAUUUAGAGAGUAUGGAUGAGGGAAAUGUACCUGAAGACGUUGCAAUAGCUGGUGCAGUCAAAUCUCCUGUGCAACAAGAUACAGAAGAUACAGAAGAUAGUAUCGAUACAGAAGAUACAGAAGAUACAGAAGAUAGUGAUACUGAUACUGAUUUAAGGAGUAUGGAUGAUUUUUACAUAAUAUUUUUAUAUUACAGUAGAGAGUAA